CUCCAUCUCGUUAUCAUUACAAAGGUCUAAAUUUCUUUUGGGAACGGAUUAUUACAAUAAUUGUCCUGAAAAAUUUCACUGGCCUCACAAACUUGAUGAAAUAACCAAGGCCGUAGAGAUCCCAAAUCCUCUUAUGUGGGCUUCUCCGAUCCACUCAAUUUCAACUCCACUCCCUCCUCUUAUAACAACCGGAAACAAGAUGCUACUGUUCAGCUUGCCUUCCUUCUUCUUUUUCUUCUGUUUUUUCAAUCUCCCCCUCUCCUCCCACUCCAGAUUUCCAGGUCGCCCGUUUCGCUUCUGUAGUUUAUCUUCACAAUUGAAUCCAAUUUGCUAUCUGGGACUUCGAUUUGGCAGCCAAAGUUUCGAGCUUUUUGGGUUUCCCCCUUCUGGGUACUUCAGAAAUGGCGUCAUUGACAAUGGUUGACUUAGUGGGUUGCGCAUCCACUUCUUCUAAUGCUUCAUUAGAUAGGUAUCUGUGGCGGAAAACAAUGCACAGCUCAGUUUCCAAAAGGUUUCAUGGAGUCCGCGGUGCUGGAAGAUUGGUAACUUGCCGUUGCCGUCUAGAUUCUGCUCGGUGCAGAAGCAUUUCCAUAAAGAGCGCCGACACUCGGCCUAAUGGAACUUCAGAAGUCAUGUUGAAUGUAAAAAGAGGUCAAAUUUCACUGGCGAAGGUGUUCGAGGUGGUAGCUGAUGACCUACUGAUCCUUAACCAAAAUCUAAAAUCAAUUGUUGGAGCAGAGAACCCGGUAUUAAUGUCAGCAGCUGAGCAGAUAUUUGGUGCUGGUGGGAAGAGAAUGCGACCAGCUCUAGUUUUCCUGGUGUCAAGGGCUACAGCUCAGAUGUCCGGUUUAAAGGAACUUACUACGAAUCAUCGACGUCUGGCAGAGAUCAUCGAGAUGAUCCAUACAGCAAGCCUAAUACAUGAUGAUGUGUUGGAUGAAAGCGACUUAAGAAGGGGGAAGGAAACAGUUCAUCAACUGUAUGGUACAAGGGUAGCAGUACUUGCUGGGGAUUUCAUGUUUGCACAGUCAUCAUGGUACUUAGCCAAUCUUGAAAACCUUGAAGUCAUCAAACUGAUCAGCCAGGUGAUCAAAGAUUUUGCUAGUGGCGAAAUAAAGCAAGCAUCAAGCCUGUUUGACUGUGACGUCAAGCUUGAAGAAUACCUGAUCAAGAGCUACUACAAGACGGCGUCUUUAGUCGCAGCUAGCACCAAAGGAUCCGCCAUUUUCAGCGGAGUACACAGCAGUGUGUCCGAGAGCAUGUUCGAGUACGGUAAAAACCUUGGCCUAUCGUUCCAGGUUGUUGAUGACAUACUUGAUUUCACACAGUCAGCAGAGCAGCUAGGGAAGCCAGCUGGGAGUGACCUGGCAAAGGGGAACUUGACUGCACCGGUCAUAUUCGCUCUGGAGAAAGAGCCUAAACUCAGGGACAUUAUUGAGUCUGAAUUCGUCGAGGAAGGCUCUCUCCAGCAUGCCAUCGACUUAGUCCAGAGAUGUGGAGGAAUCCAGAGAGCACAGGAACUGGCCAAGGAGCAAGCUGUUACUGCGAUCCAGAACCUCCAGUGCCUUCCUCAAGGAUCCUUUCGUUCUGCACUCGAGGAAAUGGUUCUGUACAAUCUCGAGAGGAUUGAGUAAACGAAUGCACGCGGGGUAUAUUACUGCAAGUGUGAUAUUAGGAUGAACCGAAUCUUGAUAAUUACUUGCAGCGUAAGCUACUUACUGCAUAACACGAUGGUAUACACAAUAAACUGGGCAGAAUGUAGAACAAGCCCCAGGUAGCCGGCAGAUCAGCAGAUCACGACGAUGCGUUUACUGCUGCUGGCUGGCCAAUUGGAAGAUUCUUGUGGCUGCUUUGUAGAUUCAUAGCUUCAGAUUCUUCUGCUGGAAAUGUAAUAUUCAAUGAGGUUAACUAUACAGUAUACACAGAUAUAUUUUCCCACUAUUUUUUCAUGCGUUAUUUUUGUUCCUGCAGGAAAUGAUUUUCUUCCCGCUUUGCAGGUUAGGCAUUACGGGCUACUGAAUAAAUGGGCCUGUCUUAACAGAGCAGAUCCAACAAGGCCUGUGAAAUUUUGGAUUUUGGACGAUUCAAGGGAUGAGUUCGUCCAAAACAAAAACUCAGUGUAAACUUCCCUAGCUACCUCAAAAUUU